UAAGGACAAUUCAUAUUGACUAAAUUAUGCUAUUCGGUUUUAGACGAGUUGAUUAAACCGCUCGGCUUGCCGUAGGUUAGUGUUGGUAUCCUAGCAACCCAAAUGCACCACGAACGAAAGGCAAGUGAGAUUUUGGUUCUUCUGGACUUUUUAAAAAAAUAUAAAAAUACUUUGGUCAAACAACACCUAAUGUUAAAUGAUACUUCAUGUUACUAAUAUUAAGCAAAUUAUCGGUAACUCAAGAGUUUAGUUGAAGGGCCUCACGUAAAAUAUCGUAACUUUAUUAGCUAGAGGCUACAGAUGUUUGUGUAGCGUCCAGGGGAAGAUGGACGAUCCUCGAGUCUACGUGGAAAGAACUCUGGCCCUUAUAAAACCAGAUGCCGUCCGCAAAUGUGAGGAGAUUGAGGACAUUAUCCUGAAAUCUGGCUUCAUUAUCCUGCAGAAGAGGAAGAUGCAGCUAAGUCCAGAGCAAUGCAGUGACUUCUACGCAGACCAAUAUGGAAAGCUCUUCUUUCCCAGCUUGACUGCCUUCAUGAGCUCUGGUCCGAUCAUUGCCAUGACUCUCGCCCGGCACAAUGCCAUCGCCCACUGGAGGUCCAUCUUAGGGCCUGUCAACAGCACCAAGGCCAGAGAAACUCAUCCAGGGUGCCUCCGAGCAAUAUAUGGCUCUUCUGACCUUAAAAAUGCUCUCCAUGGCAGCGGGUCAUUUCAUGCAGCUGAAAGAGAGAUCAAAUUCAUGUUUCAAAAUUCUGUAAUUGAGCCUUUUUCUUCAAAACAAGCCACAGAAGAAUACCUGAGCAGCCAUGUAAACCCAACUCUGCUACGUGGACUCACUGAGCUCUGCAAGCAGAAGCCACACAGCCCAUGUAUUUGGCUUGCUGACUGGCUGAUAAACAACAACCCAAACAAGCCUCAAAUAUGUGAUGGAGCUAUUGUGGAAGAAGCCGUAUGAGAGUGAAAGAGGGGCACAUACAUAAUUUCCAACAGUUAAUUUUUAAACACACUAAUCUGUUCAGUACGGGGAAAUAAAAUGUAUUAUCCGCA